AUGAGCUACCUAAUCAAGACCGGUGAUACAGAAGAAAAGCUCUUGGCAAGGGUCUCCAGUGAAGAGGACGAUGAUGAGAUUGACAUUUUAGGAGAUGGUGAAAGCUGUGACCUUCAGCAACAUUUCUAUCUCCAUCCGGAUACCCCUGAUACAGAAACCAGGGGAAUGACACCCACCAAAGGUUUUUGCAUGGAGACAGAAAGCGAUUCUGGUGAGAGUGAAAACGGUUCUUCUAAGGAGAUCAUGGAUACUCCCGCAGGAGAUAAAGCCAAAAAGACUUUGGUGAAGCCACCAUACUCCUACAUCGCCCUGAUCACUAUGGCUAUCCUGCAGAGUCCAGGCAAGAAGUUGACUCUCAGUGGAAUCUGUGAUUUUAUAAGCAACAAGUUCCCAUACUACAAGGACAAGUUUCCAGCCUGGCAAAACUCCAUCAGACACAAUUUGUCUCUUAAUGACUGCUUCGUCAAAAUUCCUCGGGAACCAGGUAACCCUGGCAAGGGUAACUAUUGGACUCUGGACCCCGCUUCAGAAGACAUGUUUGACAACGGGAGCUUCCUAAGAAGGAGGAAAAGGUUUAAAAGGCAUCACCCCGAGUUUUUCAAGGACGGUGUGAUUGUUUACCCCCCCUUCCAGUACUACCAGCCUUACAGACCAGUACAACCACCCACCAUGGUUCAGCAAAGUCCCUUAACUUGCAUGGCAGUACCUGACAGUGUGGGGAUUCCUACCCACCAUCAUGCAUCCACAUAUCAGGAGAUUCUCAAGAGAAAGUUGCCAAUUUCUCCAGGGGAAGUGCAGAGAACCAUCAAAAGCCGGGUCUUGGCCACACCAAAGGACACAGCCCAGAAGAAAUGCUCAUUUAGCAUCGACAGCAUUAUGCAAAAGCCAAAAGAGACAGAAGUGACUUUACCAAAUAUCCCAAGUGUCCUCCAGCCCUGGAAUUGCGGUAAUUUAUUUCAGAGAUCAGCUUCAAACAUUCUCCCUACUGUACUAAAUACUUUGUCUUCUGGAUCUCUGGUAAAUUCUCAUAGUGCCAGACAAUACUGCCAGAUGGUGUUUCCAAGUGGCUUUUACUGA